AUUUUGUAUCUUAUUUGUUUAUCAUGGAUAAUUAACCUGCUUUUGUCACUGCACUGUUGCUGUGCCACAUCCAACUUUGGAGAGGCUCAUCAUCUUGCGUCUUGUAUGAAGCUGCAAGUAAAUAAACUCAGAAAUAAACUCAGAUGAUGUGAAAUGGCCCAGUUUCGGCAUUGAAAUCUGAAAGGAUCCUGGUCUUUGUAGUCCCCCAAAAUUAAGCGUUGUUUAAAGAAACGGAGGGAUGUCACAUUGAACUCCAGCACCUCCACCAACGGCAGUGAACUUCCAACGGUUCCUAGUGCGACUUGGUGAUACAGCUGCACAGGCAGAGGCAUGGAAGUCGGUUUAAAUUCACUCCCGGACUCAAUCAACCCCAGCAAUUUUCCUGCUAAGCUGUGGCGUCUGGUGAACAACCCGGCCUACAACGCCAUCUGCUGGGACCGCCAGGGCGAGGUAAUUGUCAUUGACCAGCAGCUGUUCGAGAAGCAGAUCCUGUCUCCAAGUGCCAUCACAGCAGGCAGCGCCGACUCCUUCAAAACCACCAACUUCUCCAGCUUUGUCCGUCAGCUCAACUUGUACGGGUUCAAGAAGGCCAACCCUCAAAAGGAGCUGGACGGCAAGGAGUAUCAAAGCUUUUACAACCCCAACUUCAAGCGAGACCAGCCUGAACUCGUUGCGAGGCUGAGGAGGCUCACCGUGGACAAUAAGGCCAAGCUGCAAGCCGGUCUGAACAUAAAGUGCCGGUCCCCGAGCGGACAUCAGCGCCUGUAUCCGGAUGGAGACGACAGAGGAACAUCUAUGAGAAGAGUUUCUUCGGGAGGCUCUUUGCUGCUGAGCCCGACAAAUCAAAAGGCCACUCCUCCUUACUAUCCAAGUAAAACCCAAGCCUACACUGGGACCCCCAUCCCACCACGAUUCCUGAUGAGGGCUGCGGCUCUUCCUUCUACUUUGUUUUCCUCAGGCAAAGAGCUACCAGUACCCUUAAACCGCUCUUACUCUGGAGUAAACUCAAGCUCCAAUGCUGUGCACAUUCAGCAGAAUUUCUUGGCCCACGCAAACCAUGGAAGUCCAAAUUUCACCAGUUAUAGUCCUUGUAAUGCUCAGUACCGGCCUGGCUACUAUUCCCCACUUGGUCAUUGCUACCAUCCCAAUCUUGUGGCCCCUCAUAUGGCAGAUGGUGGCCUUAAGACAGGCUUAUUCUCGCCUCAGAGUUAUUAUCAGGCAGGAUAUCCUGUCGGUAUGUUGUGUUUCCAAGACAAUAACCAAUGCCUGCAGAAAAAUGAGAAGCAGGAGGUGAAAAACUGUGAAAUCAACUUGGAGGCAAUUUUUAAGAUCGCAGAUGAGGUCAUGCAGACUCCACCCAAUACCUGCCUGGUUAAAGUUGAGCCCCAAGAUGAGGUGGUCCCUGAGCUAGAGUCUUCAUCCAACACCCGUGACAGCCCACUGUGUGACAGCAACGGUGUCAUCAGGUCUAUCCCUUUCUCUGCUGGACCCAUCAUAGUGUCUGCAUCGAGCAUUGCUCCUCUAGUUCCAUACAAAGAGCAGUGUGUGGAGUCUGUACCAGAGGAAAUGCCUGAGAAUGCUAUCAUUGAGUAUCAUCCUCUGUCUCUUUGCAAUACAAGUGAGGAUGAACGACAAGAGAGUGACUUCAUCACCAUCGUCAAACUGGAGCACAGGGUACAUCACUGUCUGCCACUGCCCGACAAGGCUCGCAUGGCACUGGAUAAAGGAGCUCAAGCGGUGAUCUUUGAUAUCAGAAACGAUGCCAGUGCUGCUGCUGAGCUGCAAGAAGUAGACUCCCUUCCCCGUCCAGUUGUGCUGGUGGAGGAUAAUAAUGCUAAGGAGCUGAUGGAUUUGGUCAACAAGAACGAGGAAGCCAAAGUUGUCAUUGAGAUCAAGAUGGAGCCAAAAUGGCCACAUUAUGAUGUCGGUAUCCUGCUCACCAUUGUCCUGGCUAUUCUCACCAUCGUCCUGAUCUUUGCUUUCCGCUACAAGUGCAAGUCCAACAGAACUUUGGACUCCGUCCAUCAGCAGACCAUGCGGGCUAUUAGUCGACUGGAGAUCAAAAUCUACAGCUCUCAGGGCUGCUCAGGCUCGCAGCGCCACCGUGCAGCCUGGGGUUCGGCCAGCAGCUCCAACUCGAGCCCCGUCUGUGCCAUCUGCCUGGAAGAGUUCCAGGACGGGCAGCUUCUGAGGAUCAUCUCCUGUGCUCACGAGUUCCAUAAAGACUGUGUUGACCCGUGGUUGCUGCAGCACCGCACCUGCCCGCUCUGCAUGCACAACAUCAUGGGGCCAGAGCGGCAGUCCCAGAGGAACAGACUCCAGCAGAACGCAGAGCAAAGCCAGAGCUUCUUACAUCCUCAGCCUUACAGCAGUCCCCACAACCAUCUCUUCCCCCAGCAUGCUAUCCCCUUCUCUAUGAGGCCCCACUAUCCUCGUGGACCCUCUGGACCUUAUCACAAUCUGGGCCACUAUAGUGGCUCCUCUCCCAUGGAGACUCAGACUGUACGUUUCCUCACCAGCAGGCCGUUGGGCUCAGCCUGCGGGUACCACCUUCCCGCGGAAGUUCCCGGGAGGCCCCACAGGAUUGGCGGUAACUGUAGGACCUCCACCCACCACUUCACCCCCCGCCGGUCCUGCUAUAAUUACCGCUCAUCCUGCCCAGGCCAGCGCAGCGCAUCCAACUCAAGACUGCAUCACACGGUCUCGCUCACGCCACAGACCCGUGGAGCACCUGCCCACAGCCGGCAGGACGAGGGAAGCUGCUCGGGUGGCAGCUACCGCACGGAGCGCAGCGGAUACUUAGCUGACGGACCAGCGAGCGACUCCAGCUCAGGGCCGUGCCACGGCUCAUCCAGUGACUCAGUUCUCAACUGUACUGAUGUGUCCCUGCAGGGAGUUUAUGGCAGCUGGUCCACCUUCCGUAGCUCUCUGAGCAGUGACUAUGACCCGUUUGUUUAUUGUGGACCAGGUCCUGGACAUGCGCCCCGCAGGAACAGCCUGGAGGCUGGUGCCCAGGCCCGGCCCAGGUCCCUGGAUUCUGUGGUGAACAAAGCGGGCUGCCCUGAAGAACAGCCACAGACUGUAUUCAGCCACAUUCACUACCACCGUCACAGACACCACCACUAUGAGGAGGGGGAGCACAGCCAGGGCGCCAGCAGAGGUUCAGACGAGGAGCAGGGGGCUGCUGCUGCCACAGCUGCACCUGCUGCUCCUGUCCCUGACAAAGACUCAACCGUGUCCCCUCCUAAGCACAACCCCUGCUACUGCCCCAAAGCAAACUCCACCGAUCGGCCUAGCCCAGGGUCUGAGUGUCCAGACCACGACGCCGGCAGCACCGCAGGACCUCCUGUGCUUAUGUCCCCAAUCCCCUUACAGCUCCAGCCCCACUGCUGCCACCAGGGACACGGACACCCUCCCUCUCCUCUCGGGAGAGUGGGAGGAUGUGUGCUUGAAGGACCCUCUGUUCGCUUCCAUCAGAAUAUGGAUCUGCAGGAUGACCGCAGCAUCCACAUCCACUAUGGUCAGGGCCCGGGCUUCUGCUGCUCUCCUCCCGAGCUGCACCCCACCUUGCUCCCUGUGCCCCUCAUUCUGGACUCUGGUGGGAUGGAGGACUGGCCUUGCUGUGCCGGGGCCCAUAUUGUGUGGCAAAAACGGGUGCAGCAGGCCCACUCAGAGCCUCAGCUCCUGGGGCCUGGGACCUCUAUGGACAGGCCACCCUGUAGGUUCCAUCAGGGGCCUGCUGCUGAGUGCAACACAGACAUUUGUUUAUAUUGCCAAUCAUUACAACACAAUCAGGGAUCAGAAGAGGAGUCUGGAGUGUGAGAACGUAUUGCAUCCCCAUUAUCACACUGCUACACAGGAGCCAGACUGGACAAGCCUGUCAUUGGCUCUCAUGUCUUCCAUAGAUGUCUUUCCACCAGCAGUGCCUUCACAAAGAUGAUUCCCCAAGCUCAAAUGAUCAAACGAUUGUCACUAUUAAAAGUGAAAUUAAGUGAAAUUUUAGAGUCAUUCUCAACCCUCUAUGAUAUUUAAUAUCAAAAUAUACUAAAAGGAAUAUGUGAAGAUGAGGAAAAAAAGUUCAUAUAGCACAGAGGAAAAGCCCUUCUUCUGUGCAUUUACUCCUCAUCACCUCGCAGGAUGAACGCCCAUGCUAUCACAAGUUCCCACGCUCCUUGGUGACAGCUAUCGAAUGGUCCUUGCUGAGGGUGUUGAGCCCUCGUGAAGUGAGACUCUGUCUCUGCAGCGCAUCCCAAACUCUCUUCUCUCACAUAAUAACUUGAUUUAUCUUAGAGGUACUUCAUUUUCACUUCUUCGUCUUCCUUCGCUGAGUCCAGUCUCAGCUUGAGAGAUGCUUUUCUCUCCAGCCUACCUCAGCUCAGAUUUCUUAACACGCCUCAAACACGAGGUCCCUAAAGGUACUGCUGUAGUGAUUUUAUUUUUCCUUUUUAUGUCACGACCAUGUAGCUCCCACAAACUCAAAAAAAUCUCUCUGCAGUCUGACCUGUCCAAACGGAGAGGAAAGGUUGAUGCUCAGCCCCUCAAGCAAAUGAGCAUUCACUGAGGUUGCUGAGCUUUGCAUGGGCCUUUUGUUUUCACUAUUACAAAUAUGGCAGCUGUUUUUUUUUUCUUCUUUUUAUUUCAUCUGUCAAAAUGAAUCGAUUUGACUGAAUUAUGUUAUCGUCAUUACAAGCUAUCAUCUUGGUAUUGUCAUUUCUUUUGCCAGUGGUUACAUCACAUGUUUGACCUCAGUGCUGUUAAACCCCCUGAUCUGUGCACAGUGAACGGGCCUCAGCAGAAGGACGGUCCUCUGCUGCUUUAAACUUAUCACAAUGUUGUAGCGUCCUCCACCGAGCUCAUACUCUCCCCUUGUCUUCCAGCACCUAAAGCUUUAGAAAUAUGCCUUAAUAACUAGGUAUCAGUGUAACUGGAGUAAAGCCAUGCUAGAUACACCUAGCAGUCCUGAACAUCACUUUAAGGAGCACCAGUGUACUUCUUUUGCUUUCCCAAUGUGUAGAUCCCGAGGGAUGUCUCAGGAGCAAUCAGACACUGGAGAAAAAAAUAAAAAUAAAAUAGGAAGAUUUUGUCCUAGUUACAGUAAUGCUACCCAAAGCGGUAAAACAAAAUCUUUUGUUGUGUUAAAUGUCCGUUGCCAGUCUGUGCCAAUCAUGAAGAAAGUGCCACCUCAAAUCAUAAGACAUUCACGCUGUGCUGAACACUUGAUAGAAUAAACUUUUAAACCUUUGUUACCUUGGUUUCCCAUCUAUCCUCCACAGGCUGUAUCUAAAAAAUGGACAUUGCCCAUGUGGAAGUGCCUUAAACCUUUUUGUAAUUGCCACACAUCCAUCUUUUAUAUAAAGCCUAUUCUAGCCACUCUGAUAGAUAACAGUUGGCCUGACGCUGCCAAAAACGAUGAUCUGCUUUUCUAAUUAACCACAGGCUUCUUUUUGUUGUACCAGACUAGAAGAUCAGAGAUCAGAGCAGUAGGAAUUCUGUUUUAGAGUGGAAUUCCUCUCAAGGCUCAGCGAAAAUGUGAAAGGAUUUUACCUGCAGUCAGACUGCAGACUGAGCAGAGAAAGCAUGGACAUUGGCCAUGUAACCAGUAGCACUUACUAAACUCUUACAGGUGCCUUAUUCAUGUAAACAGGAACACACUAAGCUCUUACCUGUCUAACCAAAGAGGCAACUUCUUGAACACAGUGAACUCUUAAUAUGUUGUGCCGUUCUUUUCUUCUUUUUUUUCCUGCUCCCACCCAUCUUUUGGAUCCCACUGUGUGCUCCCGCUGACAAGAGAGGACAUGCUAGAAUUGAAGUGGAAAUUAUUUUUGGAAGCUUUUUUUUGCCUGCGGUCCCUCGUACCAAUACCUCACUUUAAAUGUGUCAACUCAGUGUCCUUUAGCUAAAGCAUCAGGGUUUCCUUUUUCUGUCCAAAUGGUCCCAGAGACUGAGAUGGAAAUGACUGAAUGACAAGCAGCACUUUGGCUCAAGUAAAUUUUAUAGAAAAAGAAAAAAAAAACACAUAAAACUUUAGAUAGUAUUAAUGGAAAGUAAGCCCGGAACCAUCAGCACAUGGAAAAAAAUUGCAUUAAGUGAUGCCACACAAUAUCUAGUGCGAUUUCAUCCUGUUCAAGAUCUUUCUCUUUGUGUCAUUUAUGUGUUUGUAUGUUUUUUUAUGUUUUGCAAGAAUAAUGAGCUGAAACUGCCUUUUCUAAUAGAGUGGAAAAAAAAGAAAGUCCCUCCAGAACUUUAAGGGAUAUGUCAGUAUAUUUUGGAUACUUUGUGUAUAAAAAGCGAACAACAAAAACAAAAAUGAAAUAGUGUUGUAUUUUAUAUAUAAUAGAACAUUUCAAUAUAGUGACAUGUCACUAAUAUAUUUAUUUACUAAUAUAUUUAUCCAUUUUGCCCAGGUUUGAAAGAGUGGUUUCUGUAUAGACUGAAUGUUUCUAUAUGGAAACUGACCAGUGCCAUCACAGAUGUAUCAACCUGUCUUCAUUCCAAUUAUAUGCAAAUAAAUUAUUUUGAAAUAA